GGAGGAGAAGGCAGAAGGGUGUUGCCAAAGAAAUACACACGCUCCCAGUUACCUCUUGACAGUCCCAGAAGAAAUGGGGGUGCUGUCUUUGAGGUACUUCCGCUUAGCAACCCCACGCGGUUGCUAAGGAGGGGCAGUGGAGGGGCGACCCGGAAGUGGUGGUGUUAAUUUCUCGCUGCCUGCUUUAAGUUUGUCCUAUCGAGAGCACUCGGGUGCUUUGCGCCAGGCCGGGGGUGGGGCCAGCGCUAGUGAUUCCGGUUCGGCCCCUGGCGUCCCUUCGGCUCCUCGUUUACCCCCUCCCCUCCCCUCCCACACUUCUCCUCCCUCCCGUUCCUGGGAAAGAGAGAAGCCACCGCUGCUGGUGGGUAAGGGAGCGCUCGGCGCCAGUGGAAAGGGAUCGCGCCCAACCCCUCUGAGCCCCAGAGCACCGCCAGAUCAGGUUACAAAAUAUCCUCCUAUGCUUGAGACCUACAGACUACAUGUCCUACAAGAACAAUUCAAUGGUUUUUCAUCCCUUGGAGAUAUAUUAGAAACAUAAAAAUGGUGCCAAAAGAACUUCUUACCUUUCUCUGACUACCGUUUAUUUGGACCUACUUUUGUAUUGAAGAGAGUUAUACAGCCUGAGGCUACUCAUUGUGGAGAAACUCUGUCGUGUAGGAUCAUGGACCAUCCCAGUAGGGAGAAGGAUGAAAAACAACGGACCACUAAACCCAUGGCACAAAGGAGUACACACUGCUCCCGACCAUCUGGCUCCUCAACAUCCUCUGGGGUUCUUAUGGUGGGACCCAACUUCAGGGUUGGCAAGAAGAUAGGGUGUGGGAACUUCGGAGAGCUCAGAUUAGGUAAAAAUCUCUACACCAAUGAAUAUGUAGCUAUCAAACUGGAACCAAUAAAAUCACGUGCUCCACAGCUUCAUUUAGAGUACAGGUUUUAUAAGCAGCUUGGCAGUGCAGGUGAAGGUCUCCCCCAAGUGUAUUACUUUGGACCAUGUGGGAAAUACAAUGCCAUGGUGCUGGAGCUCCUCGGCCCCAGCUUGGAGGACUUGUUUGACCUCUGUGACCGAACUUUUACUUUGAAGACUGUAUUAAUGAUAGCCAUCCAGUUGCUUUCUCGAAUGGAAUAUGUGCACUCAAAAAAUCUCAUUUACCGAGAUGUUAAGCCAGAGAACUUCCUGAUUGGCCGACAAGGCAAUAAGAAAGAGCAUGUUAUACACAUUAUAGACUUUGGACUGGCCAAGGAAUACAUUGAUCCUGAAACCAAAAAACAUAUACCUUACAGGGAACACAAGAGUUUAACUGGAACUGCAAGAUAUAUGUCUAUCAACACGCAUCUCGGCAAAGAACAGAGUCGGCGGGAUGAUUUGGAAGCCCUAGGCCAUAUGUUCAUGUAUUUCCUUCGAGGCAGCCUGCCCUGGCAAGGACUCAAGGCUGAUACAUUAAAAGAGAGAUAUCAAAAAAUUGGUGACACCAAAAGGAAUACUCCCAUUGAAGCUCUCUGUGAAAACUUUCCAGAGGAGAUGGCGACCUACCUGCGAUAUGUCAGGCGAUUAGACUUCUUUGAAAAACCUGACUAUGAGUAUUUACGGACCCUCUUUACAGACCUCUUCGAAAGGAAAGGCUACACCUUUGACUACGCCUACGACUGGGUCGGGAGGCCUAUUCCUACUCCAGUAGGAUCAGUUCAUGUAGAUUCUGGUGCAUCUGCAAUAACUCGAGAAAGCCACACACACAGGGAUCGGCCAUCACAACAGCCUUUGCGAAAUCAGACUGCAUCAUCAGAGCGCCGAGGAGAGUGGGAAAUCCAGCCCAGCCGGCAGACCAAUACCUCGUACCUGACGUCUCACUUGGCUGCAGACCGCCAUGGGGGAUCAGUGCAGGUGGUUAGCUCAACCAAUGGAGAGCUGAAUGUCGAUGACCCCACGGGAGCCCACUCCAAUGCACCAAUCACAGCUCACGCCGAGGUGGAGGUAGUGGAGGAAGCUAAGUGCUGCUGUUUCUUUAAGAGGAAAAGGAAGAAGACCGCUCAGCGCCACAAGUGACCAGUGCCUCCCAGGAGUCCUCAGGCCUUGGGGACUCUGACUCGAUUGCACCUGCAGCUCCUGCCAUUUUCAUUGGAAAGGACUCCCCUGUUGGGGAGGGUGGAGAUCCAAACCAAAACCAAGAAAACAGAUGCCCCCCAAGGGAGCCAGUGUGGGGCACCAGGGCCCAGUGGGUCAGUGGCUGUCCCCACCUGCCUAAAGCUCUGAGCAGGUCCCAGAGCUGCUGCUCCUCUCCACUGCUUGCCCUUGGGGCCACCUGGUUGACUCUCCUUCCUAUUGUUUACAGUGAAGGUGUCAUUCACAAAAACUCAAGGACUACUACUCUCCUUCCUCCCAUUAGUUUACUCCUGGUUCCGGCCCCACCCUCAAUCCUCUCCAGCACUAAAGCUAGUGAGUGUGAAGGCUUUGUCUGUUGAAGGAGCUCAAGAGGCUGGGGGUGCAGCCAAGAAGGUAGGAGGAAGAUGGCAGGCUUGAGCUGGAAAAGAACCUUCUCCACCUGCCAGGUAUAUUUGGCAGCAUGUGUCGCUCCUCCUCUGCGCCUGCACAGCCUCCAUCCCCGGCCGGCCAAGGGGUGCGGGUUCCUCCCUCCCUCCCUCCUGUGCAGUGACACUGUAGGACACAAGCUGUGAGAAGUCUGCAGUCUACUGUCCCCGUGUGUUGGCGUUCUUAGCUUUCUUGACAAACGAACUCUAUUCUCCAGUCAGUGGUAGAACAAUGCAAAUUGUUCUGAGCAAAGGAAAAAAACUGACUUUAUUGCACUUUUUGUUUUUAUUUCUGUUUUUUUUUUCUUUUUUUUUUUUUUAACAGAAAACAUGGCAGAUGCAUAUUGUGUCUGGUUACAUUGGGAGUUUUAUUUUUUUCUGUUUUGAGGGGAUAGGGCCAGCCAAGCCAUUCAGAGAGAGCAUGAGUCCAGAGGACAUUCUCUGUGGAAAGAGUGGGGUCAGCAGCACCCAGAAGAGAAGAAGCCAAACUCUGUGUCAUUCUGAGUAAACACUCAGGUUGGCAAGGAAACAUACUUGAAUUUUCAUUCAUCUUCUCAGCUAGUGAACACUGUCCCUGCCAGAGCCUCUCGACCUCAUCCGCCCGCAGUCUGCACAGCCCAGCUCUCCAGCACGUGGGAUGGGUCGUCCAAGCCAGACGGGCUGAGGAGACGGUUCAUCCCAGAGAAGGAGAUAACUAAAAAAAUCUGCAACAUCUGUUUCCUCCACUGCCAGGGACUUCCAACUAGAUAGCCAUGCGACCUCCUUAGUGACUUAGGGGACAAAAUUAGUUAUGAAGCAGCCACCACCAUAUUGCCACUAGUGGACAAAAAGAGGAGGAAAGUGAACCUGCCUUCCACCUGCCAAAGGGAACUCAGGAUUUGGCAUUAUAGGGCCAGGAAAUAAAAUUGGUAUGGAGCUGAGGUACAGCAUUUGGCUGUAACCAAGCACCUGCAGACUUUCUCCGAGCAGGUCCACAGUAGCCGGCUGAGGACCCAGUGCAUGGGGCUGUAGGGAACAGGAGGGUAAGAUUAGUUGGUGCUGGAAAAUUCCAAGGGAAAGGAGACUGAAAUGCAGGCUCUGAAAUUAUGUUCUCUGUUGGACAUAAAUUCUUAGCAAAUGAGAUGGCCACGCACUAGAGCGUGUUCUCCCUAGUAAACUCUGCCUCCCCUCACGCUGUGGUCACGUGGUGUACCACCGUGAAGGGUCUUGGUUCCUCAUUCACUGCUUUGAAACUUGGGAGUGUAUGGAGGCAGUCUUCACGUGCUCGGUUUUCAUUUGAGUUCAGUGGCUUAUUCAGCGACCUCACAUUCCAGAUGCGAUAGAGGAGAAAGGAUUGUUUGCAUCAGGGAACAAGGUCUUGCAUCUGGGAGUGGAAACAGCACGCAGGACAGUGACUGGUGACUUAGUCUGGGGGGUUUGAGGACACAGGAGUCACUGCCCCUGACUCAAGGUGUCGGGCUGUCAUUUGGACUGCAGGUGUGGGGUGCUUGCUGGUAUACAGAGCAGAAGGAGCAGCAGCUCCUCCAUAAAACAGAUCCUGGGCUUCCCCUGUCUUGUCAGGCCUCGGGCAGGAAAUAUUUUCCUGGCUUCAGACCCACUUAGCUUAUAUAAAGAUUGUAAUCUUCUAUUUCUUUAAAAGAAAUUUUCCUGUACACAGAACUCAGCAGAGGGUGUCACACCCCCUUCCCCACAAGGAUUUUGAAUAUUAGAAUUUGUUUCCUUGACAUUAUCUAGUAAUUAAGCUGUAAUCACGGAAACUUAGUUUCUUAAUUGGUAUUUGGGUGACUUUAACUUCCUGUACAGAAACUUUUUCAUACCCGUGUAGAAAGAGCCUUGCCCCCCGAGGGAGGGCGAGGAGAAACGGUGGCAGAGCCCGUAGCCUCUGGCACUCCACACCCACUAAGUGCCUCCCGCCCCCGCCUCCACAGGAGAGCAAAGGCAGUGACCAGCUCGGCUGCGGUUGCGGGGCAAGCCCCCCUUGCAGCUGGGUUGUGACUUCUUUGGUCUUAAAUUUUUUAAAGGCUAGCUUUUGAGGGGUUGAACCUGAGCAGUUUUGGGGGCCCUUCCUAAUGCAUUGUUUUCUGUGUCCCCCACAAAUCUCUUACUAGAGAUUUGAUUUUCGUGACAGAGGUGAAGAGCCCCAAGCCCGUCUGGCACUCCAAGGUGGUCCCAGACCCCUGAGAAAUCCUACUGUGAUUUUCUUUAAAAUUAAAAUAAAUGAAUACCUAAGGAGUAAUUUGGCCAUGAUUUGUAUUCCCACCAGCACCUCAGGGCUCCCUCCUCUGCUCUGUUGCUGUAGUUGCUUAGCUGUCUGCCUCAGCCAGGUCCGUGGGGUUGGGCGCGCCCUCCACCCAUCCAGAUCCACUUGCCUGGUAGGGUUUGAGCUUUCUUCAUUUUCACAACCAUGAUGCCUGGAGAGCUUGUUCUUUGGGAUUGAUGCAGUUACUUCUGAGUUAAGCACUAACAGCAUCUGUUCAUUAAAAAAAAAAACAAACCCAUAAUAUUACUCCAUUGAGAGUCCUCCCAAGUCCUACAGUCCUUCAGGCAUUGCAUCCUGAGCAGGCUGAGGCAGGCAGGCCAGGAAUCCACCCAGACACAAAGGGUCCUUUGCUUGUGACCAGAGCGUGACUUGUGGCUGUAAAGUCAGCAUGUAAGGGUUGGUUGUUUGCGGUGCAUACUUGGUGGUGCCCACUGACCUCACCCCAGACUGCUGUGCAAGGGCGGGCAGCAAGAGCCAGCAGCCAGAGUGCUUUCCUCACUGGCUUACUUGCGCACUUACACUUACCGCUCUGCUGCUGUUUGGGUCUUUCGGGAGCAAACAGUCGAGACAGCUAGGUGACCAGGCUGGCCUCCAGUUAGAGCUCCACUUUGGAAUGCGGGGGCCGCAGAAGACAGCAGGAUCCUGGCGUUUACUGUGGAAGUGCUGAAUGCCUGUUAGUUUCCAGUGAAGUCCAAGUACAUAGAAAUAGCCCCUGCCAUUAGCCAAAAGAGGUGUGUGUUGCCUUUAAAGUAACUUCCAGCUUAGUUCAGUGGAAAUGUAUACUGGUAGUACAUAUUCAGUGUUGAUUCUGUUAGUAAUCACUUUUAAUGUUAAAAAUAUGCAGUGAUGGUUUGUUAUAUCAGAGUGGUUACUAAAGAUCAUAGCCUUAACUUUUUAUGCAAAAGAGAUAACUCUGUAUGUACCCCUUUCCAGUGAGCAAGCAUGGCCUGCAUUUUUAAAAAAUAAGUAAUUCCAUAGCAGCCUAAACAGCAUCUUCUCAAAAGAACUUGAUCAUUUUUCUGACAUCUCUCCCCAGUCCACAUGCCUCCUGUGUCCCAGUUACCUUUUCCAUACUCAUAUCUAAACCCAUUUCCUCUUCCCAGUGAGCUGCCCUGACGUUAUCUCCAGUGUCGAAGCCACCACGUUAGGGCCAGAGUUUCUCAGACUGGGAGCUUGCAGCGCCAUAUAGCCAACAUUGCCUUUGCCAGUCACUGCCACCAUCCCCACAUUGCCCCGGGGUGGGCAGAUGAAUUCCAGAAACGCUUAGGGAGCCAGAAUAACUAGGCACAGCAUCUGCUUUGGCCGUGUAAGUAACAGGCACUUGUCUCUGGGGUUCUUGCUUUUGCCUGUUCCAGGGCUCGGGGCAAGUUCUUCUGGAGGUUGAUGGACAGUGACUCCCAGUCUUCCCCAUAAUGGGUUGGUAGGAAUCAAAGUGGGAUUCCCAAGGUUUUGUUUUGGUGGGGGGGGGUAGUGGUGUUGAUUUUGUAUCUGAAUAAGGAAAGAGGAAACCUUGGCCCUUCUGAGGGCUUGCAGAGUUUUGAGCAGUUUUUUAGCCACAAGUAAGAAAUCCUGGAAGUCUGAUCAAUCAAGCAGUCCUAAGAACAUGUUUUCCCUAGAUGCUUUUGCAGAUGACUAAGUGCAAAAGGAUAGGUUUCUUCAUCGUAUUCAAAAUAGUAAGUAGGUUCCCUGGAUAUAGACAGUAGUAACAUAUUUCUUCAAAAAGCAACCAGGAAGUCCACUCCAGUAUUUGUAGAUCAGCUUACAAAGAAAAGUGAAUGUGUACUCCAUAUAUUUCUAGUUUGAUUACCAAACUUGAUGUUACUAAGAAACCUCAGUUCAGUGGGCAGUUUAUUUACUAGUUUCUUUCUUUACUCCUCACAGUCAUCUUUCCGGUGCCAUCACCACCUUCAAAGUCUCAGCGCAGAGGGUUGUCCAUGGUAAUAAAAGAGGGUGCAGUGCAGCCGACCCGUUAACCCCCAGGACAGCUGUGCUUACUGCCCCCCGUGCCCAGAAACCCCCUCUUUCAGGGCAGGUGAGACAUUUUCAGUGUUCCUCGUCAUGAGCUCCAGACCAAAUCCCAGUCCAGCCCUUGCACCGAAAGCUUUUUUUAAGAGGCUUAUCAAUCUGUUAGGAAUGUCUCAGGAAAGAUGAGCCAUUUCUUUGGGGGGAAGUAUAUUUACAGAUGGUUGUGUGUGAUUGCGUUUGUGUACUUGUGUGUGUGCUCAUUUGUGCACGCUUCACUUCCAUAAAAACUCAGCCCAGGCUGCUGGGACCACGUGUUCCUGAAUAUUGUAGGAUGUAAACAAAUAACAAGUGAGCUUCUCAAAUUAAUGUCAUGGCAAGCUGGCUCUGGGAAUGAGCCCCAUUUAUCAAGCAGAAGAGUAAACAGCAGAAAAAGAUAAAGAUGAAACCAAAAAUAUUAUAAAAGCCCCCAAUGGAAAAUAAUGUUGAUUCAUCGAUUCCCAUUGGAUAUAUUACAUGCUCUAAUUUAUUAUAUUAUUAUUUUGUUUGUUUCUUUCAUCUUCACCCAUUGUACUUUUAAAAAGAUGUUGGGAUGUUGGUUGCAAUUUUUUUAAGACUAGAUAAUGUAUAAAUCAGCUGUGGAAAUCAGUUUUAAUUGAUGUGUGGAUGUGUCUGAUCAUUGUUAAAUGCUUUUUUUUUUUUUUUACCUUAUAGAUGUGUAAUGUUGUUUCAUAAACUCUGGCACUGGUCACAAAGCUCAGCUGUGAAAAUGAAACUUGUAGUAUUUUAAAACAUGAAUGUCAAUUUCAAGUGUAUUUGAAAUUAUUCCUCCAGGACAGAGAUUUGUUACAUCAUUAGGAAAAACUCCGCAGAGGAAGUAGCCUUCUUUGGAGAAAAUGGAAAACGGAUCUUGAUGUUGCUAUCUCAGAGUAGCCCAUUUCCUAGGGCACCAUGGAAAACACAAAUGUGAUCUUUAAGUAUACCUCUUCCCCAGUUUGGGGAGGAAAGGACUCAGUUUGCACCCUUUUUGUAUGUAAAAUAAAAUGUCUUACCUUUCUUGACUAA